UUCAGGACGGACAGCCAUGUCGUACAACAAGUUCGGGAACGGCGGCCGCGGCGGGUAUGGAGGCGGCGGGUACGGCGGUAGUCGGGGCGGUGGACGAGGCGGUGGACGCAUCAACCGUAUCCAGAACAGGGGACCGGGCCACGAAGUCUGCGCGUUUUACCUCGACGAUCGAUGCACACGGCCAACGUGCAACCACCCACACUUUGUCAAGCGCCUUGGCGUUGCCCACGGCCACACAAACGCUGUCAAGGAUGUCGUGUUAUGGGAAGGCAAGCAGCAAGCGUUCACGUGCUCAAACGACGGGACGAUCCGUCUGUGGGACUGUGCCACAUGGAAGGAAACCGCACAGAUCCCCGUGUGCAACGUCGAAUUGGACAUUUUGCCGACGGAACGCGACAAGAAAAAGACGAGCGAAGGCAUUGCGGCCCUCCAUCUUGAAGGAUCGCACUUGUUUGUCGGGUACGAGGAACCGAUUCCACAACUGCCAGGAUGUCCUGUGGGCAAGAUCAAGUGCUGGAACUUGGACAACCCUUCGGCACCUCCCCUUGAGUUCAUGGUCAGUCCAGACAUGCCGUUUGCGCAUUACCGCAACGUGUGGGCGUUGACGGUGGCGAAGAACCCAGUGACUGGCGAACUGAUUGUACUGAGUGGCUCUGGCGAUGGCCGCAUUCGGUACUGGACGUUUGACGCGGCCAUGGGCUGCUUCAAGUGCGGCGGACUCAUGGAAGGCCAUUCCCGCGGGAUCACACGGCUAAAGACAGUGCAGCUUGGCGCGACCACAGCCCUGAUUUCGUCAAGUAUGGACCACACGAUCCGCAUCUGGGACCUCGCAACGUUCAAGUGUGGCACAGUGCUGACGUCGGCCAACGAAGGCCAUGCAAACGUCGUGAUGGACUUGGACGUGUGGGUGAACGGCGCCGAGCAGUAUUUGAUCAGCGGCGGGCUCGACAAGCAAGUGAUUGUGUGGAAUUUGGCUCCCCCGUUUGCCAAAGUGUAUGCGGACACGGUCGACCUCCCGAUUCUGUCGCUGUGCAUCUCGUCGGACGGCCAGGACGCGCCGCUUCUGCUCAUGGGCCACGAUGACGGGUCGAUUUCGGUGAAGGAACUGCCAUCGUUCAACUACAAGAUGGCAUUUGGCAAAGUCUUGAACAACGUUGGCCACUCGCAGCCCGUGCGGCGAAUCAUUCCUGGCCCCCUCCACACGUUCUUCACCGUCAGUAUGGACAACAAAAUGAUGGCGUGGCAAGUGACCGGCAAGGCGGCGGACAUCCCGACGUCCAAUUGAGUGUAGCAACGCAUGUCAGCAGUAGAGAAACGAACCAAAACGAUCGGACAAGUCAGUGGCGUGUGUUUGUGCAAUAUGUAGCAAGGUCUCGCC